GCCCCGCCCACACGCGUCCCAUAAUCGUUCGCGCGCGGAGGGGGCGUGACCGGGAGGCGGCGUCACUUCCGGCGUGACGUCACGGGCCGGCUCGCCAUGGUGCUCGUCAAGGAAUUCCGGGUGCUGCUGCCAUGCUCCGUGGAGGAGUACCAAGUGGGGCAGCUCUUCUCGGUGGCGGAGGCGAGCAAGAACGAGACGGGCGGGGGCGAAGGCAUCGAGGUGCUGCGCAACGAGCCCUACGAGAAGGAGGGCGGCGAGAAGGGGCAGUACACGCACAAGAUCUACCACGUGCACAGUAAGGUUCCCAAUUUCGUGAGGCUAUUUGCCCCCGAGGGGUCCCUCGUGUUUCACGAGAAGGCGUGGAACGCGUACCCCUAUUGUCGAACCAUUGUGACGAACGAGUACAUGAAGGAUGACUUCUUUGUGAAAAUCGAGACUUGGCACAAACCUGACAUGGGGACGCAGGAGAACGUGCACGGGCUGGACGAGCUGACCUGGAAGCAGGUGGAGGUGAUGCACAUCGACAUCGGCGACCGGAACCAGGUGCUGUCCUCGGAUUACAAGACAGAGGAGGACCCUGCAUUGUUCAAGUCCACAAAGACCAGCAGAGGACCUCUGGGUCCCAACUGGAAGGCGGAGCUGGAGAACCGCGAGGACUGCCCGCACAUGUGCGCCUACAAGCUGGUCACCGUCAAGUUCAAGUGGUGGGGGCUGCAGACUAAGAUGGAGAGCUUCAUCCAGAAGCAAGAGCGGCGCAUCUUCACCAACUUCCACCGGCAGCUGUUCUGCUGGAUCGACCGCUGGGUUGGCCUCACCAUGGAGGACAUUCGGCGCAUGGAGGAGGAAACCAAGCGGGAGCUGGACGAGUUACGCGAGAAGGGGAACGUGCGUGGCACCACGGCGGCUGCGGACGAGUAGGCCGUGCCGGCGCCGCCCGCACGCCGCCGCCAGCGGCUUGUGACCUGCUGGCAUCGCUCACCCCGACCCCGACCCCAGCCGCUCGGCGUGCACGCCAGCAGCGCUUCCCGAGUCAGCGUUUUACUCCGUUUCAUUUCUUUGACAAGUCUAGCUGUCGACCCGCACUUACGGACAAAUUGUCUAAAGUGACAUCGUGUCGAGUGAUAUAUUUUUUACAUGUAGCCUUGUUGCGUUGUGUGUGGUCGGUCAUUAGAUAUCUAAAACGUAGCCGGACAGUCACCUUUGUAAAGUGCUCACAGUAGCAUUUGUUGUUUUCCAGUCCUAACUCGAUGCAAUUUUUUAAGUUAUUCCUACGUGGAAACGUUGCCAACCGGCAGCAGAUGUCAUAACAGCCAGGAAACCUGCAGAAACCACCACAUUCUAAACCCCAGACUGUGGUGCUGGGGUUUAAUCUCUGCACUGGGAGCACCUCCCCAUUGCCACGGUAAUAUGCGCUGUGGUGAAUCCAACCAGACGCAAGGGCACAGCCCAUUUGGCCAUCGGGGCUUGGUCAGGUACCCCCUGCUGCCUUGGCGAUGGAUAACGUGCAAUGUAACUUGAACGUAGGUGGAUUGAGGUGCACCUCUGUACGGUUUUCACUGUGGACAGCUUGGUGUAACCCCGGGAGGGGCUCUGGUUAUUGCAGUGUUGUGUUCAUCGUUGCUUUGCGUGUGUAGACGCACGCGCUCCUUUUUCUGUCGGUGGUUGGGCUUAAGUUUUUUUUACGUAAACUCUGGUGAGGGUGCUUCUCCGAGGCCGCGCCAGGCUGGGUUCCACUCGGGGUGGGGGCGGGGGGGUGCCUGCUCUCACGUGGCGAAUCAUUGUGAAUUUUUAAUCAUUUUAUUAUCUGGUAUCGAGAGAGAGACUACACAUGCUUCGUGUACAACGGGCAUAGAGCACUUGUAAUUAAACUGCAGAUAUGAACCUCUGUGGUGGCCGUACGCCGGUGCAGCAGUCUCCUGUCAGACGUAUUGUGCAGUGAACGCGUAGCCGGUUUAGAUCCUCCUUGUGACUACUGGUGCAUUUUAACCCUGUGCGCUAAACAACGCAAUUUUAUAAUUCGUAUUAAAACCGUAUCCCUUGUCUCCAACUGUGGUUUAAUUGCUUCUUAAUCUAGAGAAUAAACGCAAGUCCUUAUUAA